CCUUCCUUGAAAUGCCUCGGAAGUUGGAAUCACCUUUCCUCCUUUCUAUUUAUACCCCAUUUGCCCACACACAAACCAAGUCACGCAAUCUCUUUCUCUCUAAUUGCUCUGUUUUUUAUUCAUUCCAUUUCCAGGCCUUUUUAUUUUAUAAUACUACUUAAGAUCAAGUUGCUUCUGCCAUUCUAAGAAGAAUAUGGCCGAUUUGGAGGAAAUUCGGAGAAUUUAUGACAUGGUGGAUGAAAAUGCAGAUGGAAUGGUGAGCGUUGAUGAAAUGUGUGGCUUCAUUAACAAGCUCGGAAUACCAAUGUCGGAUCAAGAUCUGAGAUGUAUGCUCAACGACCCACUUCAAGGGCAUCUGCCAUUUGAGGAAUUUGUUGAUUUAUAUCACUCAAUUCUCAACAAUCAUGAAGAUGGUGAAGAAAAAGACGAGUCUGAGGAUUUAAUGGAGGCGUUCAGGGUUUUUGAUCAGGACAAAGAUGGGUACAUUUCAUCUGACGAGCUUCAGAAUGUGCUGUUCACAAUGGGAUUGAUUCCCAGAGGACAAGAUUCUCAAAACUGCGAGAAAAUGAUAUGCAGAUUUGAUUCGGACUGCAAUGGGGUUUUGGAUUUUUCUGAAUUCAAAGAUAUGAUGUCUUCUAAGCUUUCUAUGGGAUGAAGGGAUAUUCGUUCUUGGUCUCCCUGUGUAUAGUGUGCCAUUUAUUUUCUUUAUAUUAUUUUUUUAUUAUAUAACUUUUAUUGUAAGCCACGUGGUUACUGUGUUCGUUGGUAAUAUUUGUGUUUAAAUCUGACGGUCGACCCUGCCUGUCGAGCAAUUAUUUGGUGAUGGUUAUUCUUUCAAUUUGUAAAAGAUGUUUAUAUUUAUAUAUAUAUAUCAGAAUAAUUUUGUA